UAUUGUUCUACUUGAAACCUAAGCUUACUGAUUCUUUAAAAAUCUAUUUGUGCAUUUGUACAUGGAAUUUGAAACCGUAUACAUGCACAGAGAACAAAGCCGUUGGAAUGACGAGGUCCAAAUGUAUAUUUGUGUUAUCAAUAUUAAUAGGAUUGCCACUAUCUGUGAAAGGUUUUGAUUUUAUUGGUUGCUAUUGGAAUGACGAGAAUAACACAUUGAGUGAUCAUUAUCCACCUGCUCCAACAACAAUACAGUGCUUCCUAACAUGCAUCACUGCUAAUAAAGGAUACAUAUAUGCUGGUACACAGAUGGACCCACUUUCAUGUGUCUGUGGUAAAAGCAUUUUUAAUCAAGGAGUCCAACCAAGCACUGAUUGUAACGUGCCUUGUCCUACAAUGUCAGGCGACAUUUGUGGAGGUCACUUUAGAUUGGCUGUCUAUAAUAUUAGUAGCUGACGAACCAAUACCAAUAAUUAUAUCACAAAAAGGAACAACAACUAUAUCAACAUCAUCUAAACAGGCAGAAAAUCUUGAUUGCACGUGCCCGUGUAGUUUUACGACCAGUAAAUGGGAUUUUUUGAGAGAUGUCAACAUAACUAAAGACCAGCUUAUUGAUAUGUUAAAAUCAAAUGUGGACGAACUUCAUCAAAACUUAACUGUAGAUGUUAAAGCUACUUCUGCCUAUAAAAAUACAAAAAAGUCUGCCUCAGAUCGUCGCACAUCAUCUAUGUUGAUGGGUCUUGCUGGUGGAUUCAUUAUUUGCAUUCCUAUAGUACUGAUUAUUUCGUCGGAUUUAAUUCAUGUUUAUAACAGUAUCAAUAAUAAGACCAGACCCCUAGGUUAAUAACGUGAACUGUUUAAUCGACAUGCAACAUACUUUUUCUUCCCAGAACUAAAGUAUAAAAUGUGUAACAAAAUAUUGUAUUCUUGACACAAAGUAGCACUUUAAGGUUAAGUGCUUUUUAGACAAAACAGUAUUUGAAAAACCUUAAGAGCAGAUAAUUGAAUUCAUUACCUUCUUAAAUACUCUAAAUUAUAAAGCACUUUUAAAUCUGAAAUAAAUGUUUCUACAACAAUUUUGACUAAGUAUUCAAUCAGUUAAAUCUCUACGUUGUAGGGAGUCAGUUUGACUUUGCAGUAUGAAUAAAUAAGCAGCAAAACUGAUUGCAACGAGAAUUUUAAAACGUAUCCUAUCCAUUUGGCAACCAAGUAUAUAUGAUGCAGACUGAGUAUUCUACAUCGUGAUUUACGUAAUUUGCAGCAUCUUACAACUGAAUAUAUUGUUAGUUUGUUUUUGUUUUAAAAUUGAAUAUU